AUGCUGGAAUCAAGUUGUUUGAAUUAUGAAAAAGACAAUAUAAAUAGCGAACUGUUAGUACGAUAUGGGGUAACAAUACGGCCCCCUCAACAACAACUAUUUAAAGCAGUCCACUCUACGCUGAUCACUCUCGACUUGAUCGCCUGGAAUACAUCAGCAUUCCUGACAUCGAUCAUGCCAGCUCUGAAACUGACGCUCCGCCCCGCGUUCAACGAUGCCGGCGCGGCGCAAGCAAUCGACGUCCGCAUGGUCUUUGAUACCGCAGCAAAGACUCGCGAUGAAGUCCUGUUCGACCACGCCUUGAAGCGCGCCGUCGUGCCCACCACACAGUACACAGCCGAGUCGGUGCGUCUGACAGACGGCCACGGAUACGCCAUUGCACUCCAUACCACCGACACCAGACGCAACACGCACCGCGAAUUCCGCGUCGGCAGAGACGUCGCUGCGGGCGAAGUGCUGACGGUCGAGUAUCGCGCGACUCCGCGCGAGGUGGACGAGUCGACCCCCUGCGGGCCUCAAGUGGCGCUGGAGAGAGAGACAUGCGGCCUCAGCGGCGCGGGGUUGGGCUUUCUGCUGAUCCCCGUGACGCCUGAGGACGUGCUGUACGACAUCACGAUCGAGUGGGAUCUUUCGUAUGCCCCGGCGGGCACGCGAGCAGUGUGUACGUUCGGCGAAGGGCCGCAUGUCGCCGUGCGCGAGAAGGUCGCCGUGCUGGCGGAGUGCUUUUUCGCCGUCGGGCAGCUGAAGAGCUAUCCAAACGUCACGACCAACAAUUCCUUUGGCCUGUACUGGCUGGCAGAGCCGCCCUUCGACGCGCGCGCGCUGGGCGAACAGCUCGAGAGACUGGUUCCCCGGAUGGCCGCCUUCUUCCACGACGACGAGCAGCUCUUCCGGAUCUUCGUGCGGCGCAACGAGUACAAAUGCGCGUCGGGGAGGGGCCUGUACCGCGGCUUCGUCUUUGCAUGGACGCCCAUCUUCCCCAAGGACGCGGACACGGUGCAGGGAUUCCUGCUGCACGAGAUCGUGCACAACUGGCCGCGGCUGGGCUUCACGACCGGCGGGCCGGAGGAUCUGGUGGACAGCUGGUUCAACGAGGGCAUCGCAGAGUACUACUCGCUGAUCCUGCCGUAUCGGUUUGGCAUCUUCAGCGAGGAGGAAUUCGUCCAGCGCUUCAACUGGCGGCUCUCGGGCUAUUACACCAACCCGGAUCGUGCCGUGCCCAACAGGGACGUCCAGGACCGCUUCUGGCUCCCCGGGCGCGUCAAUCGCAUCCCUUAUCAGCGAGGGUUGAUGUACUUCCUGCAGCUUGCGUGCCAGCUCCAUCGCGAGGGGAAACGAUCGCUGGACGACCUCAUCCUCGAGAUGAUCCGACUGCGAGCCGCGGGCCAGCCGCACGGGAUCAAAGUCUGGCUGUCGCUCGUCGAGAAAGAGCUUGGUCCUGCGGCAUGGGAUGAUUAUCGGGACAUGUCGGACGCCAAACCGAUCGUCUUGUUGCCGGACGUGGCUAGUACCUGGAUUCCAGACGCCAAAUGGACGCUGCAGCGCGAGGACCAGGAGGAAUUCUACCUAGGGUUUCCUGAAGAGAAUCUCUCCGCGCAGCCUGCGGUGAUCCGGGGCCUGGAUCCGCAGUCCAGGGCGGCAGAAGCUGGUCUCCGGGAAGGCGACAUGGUCACGUCGAAAUACAGCUUCCUGUCGGACGCAGACGGCUGGAAUCGGUCUUUUACCAUGUAUGUCAAGCGAGGCGGCGAAGAGGUGAAGAUCAGCUGGUGGCCGAGAAGCUGGACCAAGGUCCCAAGCUAUCAGUUUGUCCGAUGUGAUUGA